CCUCUCCCCAGGUGACAGCGCUGGACAGUUCCAGGAGACUGCUGUGGCGGCGACGGCGACGACGGCGCCAUGUCCAAGUGGGGUAGCUCGGCUACUCAAUCGAGGGGCAGUGGAGCGUCCAGGAUAGUUGAGCGCCAUCUGGAGCCAAGCUCGAUGUGGGAGCUGCAGCCAUAUCCUCUUGGUAAGGAGACUGGACUCCCCUUGAUCCCAUGCCCUGACUGUGGGAUGGCGAGGGUGAUAGAGAGGCGGUCAGGGAAGGACACGACCGAGAACUACCUGCGUGUGUUCUUCAAAUGUCCACGGAACUCAUUUCCUAAGCUUUGCGGGUUCUAUAAUUUCCAAAGGCAGUAUUUGGAUAAGCUGGAGGAGCUUGGCAUUGUCGCAAUCCACAAAUUCCCCCUGGCAGUGGACAUUGGUGAUGAAGCUGAAGAGGUAGCAGAUGCAUCAUCUGGGAGAAUGGUCAUGAAUAUGCGGGCUGGUGAACUACAGAUUGAGGCCAAGGUGGACAAUCUUGCGUGCAAGUUCAACCUUUUGAUGUCUGUUUUAGUAGUUGGUCUUGGCUGUGUGUUGAUGUAUGUUGCAGGCAGGCAGUGAAGUCAAGUUCACUGCAUAAUGUAUUUUAGUCUUUGUAGGUGAUGGUUGCAGUGUAGUAUGAACAAUGCAAUCUGGUGCAGUUGGUCUUCACUUUUGUAAUGUAAGAACAAGGUGGUGCAUUUUCUAGCAUUGCAAU